AUAUCAUUAUUUAUUGUCCAAAAUGUCAGCAGGAAAGGCAGAUUUUACAAGAUGAACUAGAAAGAGAACACAUCAAAUUCAAAAUUAAAGAAAUAAUACAAAUGAACUCAGGGCAUGUGGGUGAUAGAGCAGUAUUUAUUUCCUUGGAAAAGACCAGAAUAAGUAGAAGAAUAUAGAGUAGUUAUUGCUAUUUUUGUUUUAUGUUUUUUAUUUUAUUUUGUCUUUUUGUUUUCUCAUCAUGUAGAUUAGACCAUUCCGAUACACACUCCAUUUCAGAAGGUGGCGGUACUGCGCAUCUAAAAGUUGUUUGCCAAACGCCAUUGAACAUGGAAAAAAGAAGAAGAAGAAAAACGUCUAAGCCAAUCAGAGCCGCGUUUUCAUCGUCAACAGGAAGCGCGAGAAGCGUCCUUGGAGAUGCUUGUUUGUGGAGUAAAACUGUCGCAUCUUCCACCCUCAAACAACUGACAACUGACCGACAGCACCACAAGGGCUGAUGAGAAAACGAAUACAAGUUUGUCAGUAACCAUGACUGCGGCAGCUCUCAUAGGAGACCAGCUGAUCCUUGAAGAGGACUAUGAUGAGAACUAUACGCCCUCUGAACAAGAGAUCCAUGAGUACGCAAGAGAAAUUGGCAUUGACCCCGACAAUGAGACAGAGCUCCUGUGGCUGGCCAGGGAGGGCAUCGUUGCCCCGAUGCCUGCCGAGUGGAAGCCUUGCCAGGACGUGACAGGGGAGAUCUACUAUUUCAAUUUCUCCUCGGGCCAGUCCACCUGGGAUCACCCCUGUGACGAGCACUACCGCCGCCUGGUGGUUCAGGAGCGUGAGCGCGCCCAGCUCACAGCAGCCGCAGGGGCGAAGAAGGACAAGAAGAAGAAGAAAGAAAAGAAGGAGAAGAAAGAGAAGAAAAAGAAAGUGCCACUCAAGACUCCUGGACCACUGACUUCAGCCAUGGGACCUUUACCGUCUCCGCUGGGAGGCCUGGCUCCUUUGAGGGGUCUGGAUGUCUCUGGCCCCGGGCCACUCUCUGGGUCUGCCCCUGCUCUCCGAGGGUCCCUCAGCAGCUCUGGGGGACUGGAGCCGCUCAAGACGUCCCUAGGGGGUCCUAGAAGCAACGGGGUGUCUAGCGUCCUGGGCAGCAAGCAGAAAGAGAAAGUGUCCCUCACUCUUCCCGGGUUUGACGACGAUGACGACGACGAUGACAGAAUCUCAGAAAAUGAGCCGAGCCCUCGCGGCUCAGACAGGCUGUUGAAGAACCUCCACCUGGACCUGGAUGCCCUUGGAGGAGGCCUUCAGUAUGAGGACAGUGAAGCCAGUGGUAGAGCACCAGCAGAGGAGAGGACAGAGCCAGAGCUGCAGGACUUGGCCCUGUCAGGAGACCACAGCCCCGAUCCGCCGUCCCAGCAGGACUCUUUGAGGGGCCGCCAUCCCCACCUGUCCCCGCUAAUAAGCAGCAGAAACCACGUCAGUGUGGAGGGGGCCGGUCCAGUCAGCCCUGAGCCAGGACACUCAGGAGAGGAGUUAGCAGAGGACUUGAAUGAAGUGGAGGAGGGCGGGGAGUUGGAAGAUGAGGCUGUUCAAGGAGAGAAGGGAGAGGAUGAAGGAGGAGGGGGAGCAGAAGAGGUAGGCGAGAGGGAGAAAGGAGAGGAAGGAAGCACGAAACGCAGCGAGGAGGGGGAUGAAGAAGAUGAAGAGCAGGGAGCAAGUGAAGCAGCUGUAGAAAGCAAGAAAGAGGAACCGGAGGAGGAGGAGGAGGUAGGGAGUGACAAGGUGGAGGAGGAAAGCUGUGUAGGUGAGGUGGAAGAGAAAGACGAAGGGGAUGAUGGAACGACAGAAAACGUGAAACACAUUAAUAAGCAGGAGAGCAAUGACGGAGAGGAGGAUGAUGGCAGCGACGAGAAGGUAGAGAGUUGCUCUGAAAGCCUGGAUGGUGAGACUGGAGGCGGAGAGGAUGAUGUGGAGAGCGAUGGAGCUGGGGAGAGUUUAGUGGAGGAGAGAGACGAGAUCCAGGGAGAGGUGCAAAAAGUAAAGAGAGAACUGGAAUUUGAGGGCGAGAGCGAAGCAGAUGUUGACAAUUGCUUUAAAAGUGAUACGGACGGAGGGAAUGUGGACAAAGAACGAGAUGGGAGCAUAAAUGAUGAAGGACAGAAUGAAAGUGAGGAAGAAGAGGUAGCGGUGAAUAGAGAAGGAGAGCAAGAGAAGGAAAAGGAGGAGGAAGAGGAGGAUGGUGAGAGCGAGGGGGCUUUGGAGAGAUGCUCCCUGAGCCAGAGGAACCUGACAGGGAGCAUCGAGGAGAGAUGCGUGCCGAGCGAAGGAGGAGAAACCGAGUCGGACGCCCAAAACCCCCCAGCAGCUUCGGCUAGUGAGGAGGAAGUCGUCGAGGUUUUUAAGACGGAAGCGUCUCAAGUCCCGCCGGCGACACUCGGCCAGAAGACGGCGGCGAGCGACUUCAAAAUUCUCGCCAAAAAGAGAAAAGCUCUGAAGGGUUUGAAAGAGAAACGCCUCCUUCCCGAAGAGGAAUCCGAGACCAGUAAAAACAUUGAGGAGACUUCAUCCUCCAUAGAUGUCAAGCUGUCGGAGAAGGUUCUGGACAUCAACGACCUGUUGGGGAAAGAUCACAGAGCGGAAUCAAAAGAGGACGAGGAGAACGAGGAGACGGAGGCUGCCAACAGGCAUAUGCCGGCUGAAGAAAAAGGCGACUGCCUCGCCCCUAAAGUCGACCGACUCGUCCUCCACCAGUCCGGCCCUUCGCGCUCCCCCUCCCCCUGCUCGGAGCGAGGUGUCGAGCUCCGACCGAAAGCCUCUCUGGGGUUCCAGAGGCCUGAAACCGCCAGAGGUCGGCUGGGCCGCCCUUCUAACGCCAAGCCUGCGGAUGAUCCCUGCUUUCAAAAAGCCCAAGACAAAACAUCGCCUGAGGAAGAGCCAAGCUGGAGAAUCCAGAACGACCGAGAGAGGAAAAGGAGAGAGGAGGCGGAGGAGGAGGAGGAGGAGGAGGAGGAGAGGAGUCUGAGGGGAAUAAAGAAGGAAAGGGGGAGGAGGAAGGCAGAUCAGGAGGUGGAGGAGGAGAGAAAGCGAUUGACGGGGGAGAAAGAGAAGAGGAUGUGUCUUCUCCAGGAGGAGCUGAGGAGAGAAGAGGAGGAGGAGGAGAGGAAUCUGAAGGAGGAGAGCGAGGAAAAACUGAGGUCUCUGCGGCAGCGUCUCCUGUCCGAGAGAAGAGAGGAGGAGACCAGGCUCGCAGAGGAGUCUGACAGGAUGCUGAAGGAACUCCGAGAGGCUGCCCAGAGGGAGAGGGGGAAGCAGAAGCGCAAACUCAGGGAGGAGAGCGAAGCUUCGCUGGAAGAGCUACGCAUCACUCUGGAUGGAGAACAAGCGGUGGAGCGCGAGCGGCUGGAAUCCCAGAAAAGGCGGGACGUCGAACGUCUCACGGCCCAGUUGGAAGAGGAGCUGCAGGCAGAGAGGAGACGUCUCCAGGGAGAGAGGGAGGAGAAACUGAGCACCCUGAAACAAGAGGUCAAAAGCGUAGAGAGGAGGAGGGAGCUGAUGGCCAGUCCACGACCUGAACAGCACCUGGCAGACUACCACCGUGAUUUGGCCGACGUGCUCCAGGAAGUGCGGGAGGAAGUGCAGCGCGAUCACGAGAGGAAGCUGGAGCAGCUGAGGGACGACCACAAGAGAGAGACGAACAAGAUCCGAGAGAAAUACCUGGAUGAGGAGACCGUGCAGAGGGAGCGCUUGCUGUCCACGCUGCAGGAGGACAGAGAGCGUCUCCAGGCCUCCCACGCCGUCCAGCUGGAGAAACUGCGGCUGCAGCUCGAUGCGCAGAUACAAAAGAAACAUCUUACACACUCGCGCAGGGAGUUAGAACUGCAGGAUCUGGCAGAUCAGUUGGAGCUGAGAGCCAAAGAGCUGAAGAGCCAGGAGGCCCUGCUGCAGACCAAGGCAGCUGAUCUGAAGAGGAGGCGGAAGAAGCUCGGGGAGGAAGAGGAGGAGUUGGACGGGCAGAUAGAGGCCUUACCCCGGCUGAUGCAGGACCGAGACCAGCUGAAGGCGCAGCUGGAAAGGACGAGGGAGGAGAGACAGCGAGCCCGAGAGCUGGCCAGGGAGGAGAGGAGCGAGGCCAAGGCGGAGGGGGAGAGGCUGCGGGAGCAGAGGGACAAAGCCCGAGACGAGAGCAGGAGAGCGAAGGAGGAGAAGGAGAGACUGGAGAGCAAGGUGACGUUGCUGCAGGAGAGGUGUGACCGCCUCGUCCGCAGUGUCAGCGAGUUGGAACAAGGCGAAGGAACAAGUGCCUCUGCCAGACGAGAGACCAGACAGGACAAAAAGGAGGAAGAGGAAACAGAGGUGGCUGCGCCCUCCGGUGGCAGGAGAGACUCAUCGCUGCACGUAGAAGACCUGGACGACUCUCCUCUCUCGCCUGUACCAGACAGCCAGAGCAGCAUGGACGAGGUCCGACGCUACAUCUCGUCACACGGCGCCUCCAUCCCGAAAGCCAAACUCUUCCUGGAGAGGGAGAGCAGCCGACUGGUGGAGAGACGGGCAGCUCUGCAGGCGGCUCAAACCAGCUCCUCCCAGGACCCCAACCACGACGGAGGGCUGACCGAGGAGAUGAUUAGAAACCUCCUGCAGGAGGACAGAAAUGUGGCGGAGCUGCAGCGGACGGUUCAGAAAGGCCACUCGCUCCUGCGGAGGAAAGAGGAGCAGCUCCAGCAGCUUGAGAGCUCCAUCGCCGAAGAGCCUCUGUCAGAGGAUCUGUCUCGCUUGGCCGGAGAGAGGAAGGUGACCUUCGACGUGACGGAGUCGGACCUCAGCAGCACUGUGGACCCACCGGUCGGGACAGGAGGUCACCCCACGGUCCCGGCCAAAGUCCAGGAGUUGGCAGAGUCCCUGCAGCAGAUCUCAGGCCAGCUCAACACUGUUCUGAGUGCACUGGGUUCAAUAGCUCAGAGGCCACAGAGUGCCGCGUCUUACGCAGACUUCCCUUUGCCUCACUCCGCCCCAGCUCCCACCUCCACCUCCGACCCUGUCGUGCCCCAGAUGUACACCCUGGGCCCCGGCUUCUUCGCACCACCGCCUGCCCCCACGAGGCUCCAGGAGCCUUCGUGGAACUGGGCGACUCAGGGAAGCUCUGCAGCCGCCGCUCUUUAUGGCGCCCCCAUCAACAGCCGGUGGAGCCCAAUUUACCCUGGAGCCGCGAUGGACCCAGUCGCCUCGAGCACCAUGAGGACCAGCUCAGCCUACGCACCGUACACUCCUGUCAGUGAACACGGUCGGCGGUCCGUUCAGAGCUCAGUGGAGAUGGACGGUCAGAGGCUGCAGGGGCUGAUCGACGGCAACAAGAGGUGGCUGGAGAUGCGCAAAAAAGACACCAGCAUACCUCUGUUCACUCGCUACCAGGCCCCGUCCUCCGCGAGCGGCCUGGUCCAGUUGGGCCUGGACGACAACAACCAGAUCAGAGUCUAUCGUUGCUGAGGACAUGACGCACACACCGAGGACUUUGACAGACUCUAAUAACUCUUUUUGGGUCAGGGAGCUGUGGCGUUUACACAUGCAGGUCAUGUGAGAGUCCUGCGCAGCCUUUUACAUGUCAGUGAAAAGUCCAAGCCACCCUCUGCUGCGAUUGGAGGAAAAGCUUGACUGUGGAGGUUAUGGCAAAUUAUGUGUUGAGGCCUAAGGACUUUUAUCUUCCGAAUCAGAUAUGGCUGCUUGCAGCAGAAAAACUUUUUUAAACACCUUCAGUGUCACCUACAGAUUUUGAGCCCCGUGCUAAAAACGUUUUUUAAAGGUUACAUUUCUUUUCUUUUCUUUUCUUACCAAGCGUCAGACAAUCACGGAGAUUUACUUACUUACUUUACGAACAUUUCACAUACAUCGUCCGAUUUGUCUUCAUGUGAUGAACUCAUCUAUUUCUGCAGGCAGGACACAGCACUAGAAAAAAAAAUCAUGGCUUUACAGAUACACAGAGGCCAAGUUGCGUUUCAUUUCAAGGUCACGUUUACUCACUGGUUUUGUCAAAUAAUUGUAUGAAAACUGUUCUUUUUGUAAAAAAAGAUUUUUAGGUGAAGCCAAUAUAUAUAUAUGUAUAUAAAUACAUAUAUAUAUAUAUAUAUAUGUAUAUAUAUAGCGGUUGUCAUGAACCAUCUUUUUUAACAUAUUUUCAGGUAGAGACAAAAUGUCCUUUGUGCAUUUGCUAUCUAUGGGUGUAAAUUAUGUAUUUUUUUAUGAAACUGUUUAAUAAAUUUUAUUUUAUGAA